GCGCGGCCUUGUCCGGGCGAUCGGCGUCAGCAACUUCACCGCCGCGCACCUUAGGCAGCUGAAGGAGGAUGGGGCGAGCGUGAUGCCAAUGGUCAAUCAGAUUGAAGUGCAUCCUCUGUAUGUCCCUCGUGAGACUAUCGACUUCUGCCGGACGCACAAAAUUCUGAUUGAGGCAUAUGCGCCUCUGGGCGGGGGUCCUGCAAGCAACGUGGGCAAAGCCAGUGGAGGCGAAGUGGACGGCACGAAGUUGCUCCUGACGGAUCCCUCGGUGCAGAAGAUCGCCAAGGACGUCGGACGCACGGCGGCCCAGGUAGUUCUUCGCUGGGGCCUGCAGCAGGACUUCUUGGUAAUCCCGCGCAGCAGCAACGCAGCAAGGAUACGAGAGAAUUCCGAGAUCUUCGACUUCACUUUAUCCGAUGACCAAAUGCGCCGCAUUGCAGAUCUGGCAAGCAGAGAAGGACAGAAGUUCUGCUGGAACCCGUCUAGCAUUGCUUGA